UUUAUAAUAGAUCCAUGGGAGAUACAUGGAGAUUACAUACAACUAGUUUUGUACAAGUUGCAUACUUGAAAGAUAUAACAGCAGGUUUCUAAAAUGGGCUCAUUCACAAAAAUCUUGAUAGCGAGUUUGUGUGUUGUUUACAUAGCUGUCAAGUGGUCCACGCCCAGUUUUGAUCCAGAAUCUCUCAGAGGUGCCAGGGUGGUGGUAACGGGGGCCAGUACAGGUAUUGGUGAACAAAUGGCAUAUCAUUAUGCCCGUUUUGGAGCCAAAAUUGUCAUUACAGCAAGAAGGGAGAAAGUGUUACAGGAGGUGGCAGAGAAGUGCCUGAGUUUGGGAGCCCAGAAAGCUUUAUAUAUAGCCGCAGAUAUGGCCAGUGAGUCUGACCCUGAAAAAGUGGUGGAUUUUGCUGUAGAGAAGCUCGGAGGCUUGGAUUACCUCGUUCUCAACCACAUCGGCCCAAGCCCCUUCAGCAUGUGGGAGGGAGAUGUGGAGCACACCAGGUGGCUAAUGAAGGUCAAUUUCUUUAGUUAUGUUCAGAUGGCUUGGAGAGCUUUGCCUUCCCUUGAGCAAAGUAAAGGGUCUCUGGUCAUUGUUUCAUCCCUUUUGGGUAAAAUGACCAGUCCCUUCACGGUACCGUAUACUUCUACAAAAUUUGCCUUGAAUGGGUUUUUUGGGUCCCUUUAUCACGAGCUUUCCAUGAAGAAGAGCAAUGUGUCUAUCUCCAUAUGCACACUGGGGCUCAUUGAUACAGAAUCGGCUAUGGAGAAAGUCAGGGGCGUCACCAACGUGCCUGCCUACCCUGCCUCCGAAGCAGCCCUGAACAUCCUCAUUACAGGAGCAACGAGACAGCUCAAUCUCUACUACCCUUGGUUCACCCAGAUUAUUACUAUUCUCAAAGAUUGGACUCCUUCUUUAACAAACUAUUUAAUCCAGAACUCCUACAACUACAAUCCAUGAGGGACAUUUAUCUGCUGACGUAGUUGGGUUUACAACUUAGAUACUUAACCUGCAUUUAUAUAAUACACAUAGUAAUGCAUUCAUAUAUGCACAAAAUACAGUUAACUAGUGGUGUAAAGUAACGAAGUACAAGUACUUCGUUAUUGUACUUAAGUAAGAUAUUUGAGAAUUUGUACUUUUAUUGAUACUUUCAUUUUUCUGUACUUUUACUUUUACUUCGUUACAUUUUCAAGGAAAAAAUCGUACUUUUAAUCCGCUACAUUUAAAAUUGGACACGUCGUUACUCGCUACAAAUUAAAGAACAGCUACGGCGUAGGUUACGUGGCGACGCACACAAUACGCCGUAGCCUACGGCGUAAGGUGUGCGUCGAUUUAACGCGGAACCAUAGGGCGGACGGGAGGGAAGGGGGGCGUGAAUAUACCGAGAAGGAGCCGCAGCUCCCGGGAGAGUUGCGCCGCAGAGGCGGGCCGGAAGGCCGGAGGAACCGCCGUCGCGUCGAGUACCGAUGAGGACUGAAGCCUGAAUUAUGGUUCCGCGUUAAAUCGACGCAGAGCCUCGCCGUAGGGUACGGGCCCUGCGUUGGUGUAACGCGGAACCAUAAAUCAGCCUUGAGCGGCAGCCGUCCAUGCGCACCAUUCUUUGAUUCCACCCCUUCUAAGGUGGUUUUGGCAUUUAAAAGUUCAAAAGUCUCAUCCUUUAUCAGCUGGGGUUGCUUAAUGUUGUCACUGCAUACUACAGGCUGGGGGUGGACCUGUCAGCGGGGCCAAUGGGGUACAGCAGCAGUGAUGAGCAAAGGGAGAAAUUAAAAUGGGGUAAUGGAGACAAACGCUAAAGGGGUCAGAAUAAUAUCACCAUUAUUUAGAGUUGUAAGCAAACUCUUGGAUUCUUCAUUUCUUUGCAAUCCUUUUGAAAAUAAUUUUGUACUUUGAAUUUUGUACUUUGUACUUUGUACUUUUUACUUUUGUACUUAAGUACAUUUUACACCAUGUACUUUUGGUACUUUAUUAUAUUUAAGUUGAAGUACUUUUAUACUUUUACUUAAGUAAUGUUCUUAAUGGGUACUUUUUACUUUUACUCAAGUAAUUUUCUAGCAGAAAAUUUGUACUUUUACUUAAGUACAAUAUUUUUGUACUUUUUCCACCUCUGAGUUAAACUAUGGAUAAACCAGACUUUAAGCGGUAUUUCAUAAGUAAAAUCUCUGUUCACAAAAAGUUGAGACGCUGAGUAAAAUGUAAAUAUAGACAAAAUGCUAAGAACUGCAAAAUUCCAUGAACUGAUAUUUCCCUGAACGACAUUGACUGGAUGGGGGCAUAUGUUGCUCCAAAGCUUCUUUGUACUUUCCAACAUUUGACCGUUCCUUUCCAGUGGGAACGCUGCAAACGCCAUAGGCACUGAUGUAACGCUAUACCAUCAGAGAUGCAGGCUUUUGAACUCAGUUCUGACAACAAGCUGCCUGGUCCCGCUCCUCUAGUCCCCAGAACGCGACUUCCAUGAUUUCCAAACAGACUUAUUUUGAUUCAUCUGCCUACACAACAGUUUCCCACUUUGCUUCAGACUAUUUUGGUCCAGAAAAGCCAGAGCCGUCUCCAGAUUGUGCUCAUAUAUGGCUUCUUUUUUGCAUGAUAAAUUCGCUACCUGCAUUUGUGGAUUUCACAGUCAGUCACCUGUGGAAAUGUUCCUGCAAAAUUACGGAUGAAUGAAUUUUGCAAAUCAUUGCAUUUUGUUUUUAUUUACAUUUCACACAACUUUAUUGGAAUUGGUUGUACAUUCCUACCUUCAUAUACCUCCAUUAUAUAAUACAUUUCAGUAUUUACUUGUGCUGUGUGUUUUCGGUUGUGGUUUGUUUGAUUUGAGUUUACCUCAAAGAGAUGAGCUCCUACUUUCAUAGUUCAGCCAAUGCUGUUACCUAACUACGCUAUGUAAAACUGCAACGGUACAUCUCCACUUGUCAAUUACGAUUUCUACAAACCACAUCACUAAACUGUUGGUGAUUGAAUUAAUGACAAGUUAUGAUAUUUUCUAGGCUCUGCAUUUGUUUAGUGUGCACUAUCUUAAUUUUGUUAAAUCAAAACUAAAAUUAUUUAUUCUUUCUUUUGAAUAGUUAGAGAAUUAGAAAAAACAAUCAAAGAUGAAGCCGCAAACAUUAAAAAAAACAAGGCACAAAAUGAAGACCAGGGGAAUUUGACCUGCAAUUCUAUUUCAUUUCAGUCCGUUUUAAAUUAUUAAUGUGCGUUUUAUUAAAAGAGUUAUGUUUUUCUUUUUCUUUUAGUUACCAGGAUUAUUUUUUCCAAUCAGAAUCACUAGUCCACAUUUAUUUGGGAUCUCAUACAGCUCUAAUCUAUCCACUCAAUGCUUUCUUACUUGGGUCAUGACUUGUUAUUAUAAACCAUUUUAUUAUAUGUCUGUUUUCCUUCCAUGUUGUUUUAUCUUUAGCUUUUUUUAUUACUGUUCUUCGUCAUUAUCCUCCACUUUGGUAGCUACUACCAACAAGGCCAGCGUGCCCAUCAUUGCAACAUGCUGUUACCUAACUACGCUAUGUAAAACUGCAACGGUACAUCUCCACUUGUCAAUUACAAUUUCUACAAACCACAUCACUAAACUGUUGGUGAUUGAAUUAAUGACAAGUUAUGAUAUUUUCUAGGCUCUGCAUUUGUUUAGUGUGCAUCAUAUCUUAAUUUUGUUAAAUCGGUUAUUUAAGGUUGUCUAAUAAAUAUAAUCUGGUGGAAGUAUUUUGUUUGAAGGAGAAAAAAUGAAACUAAAAUUGUGGUUUUAUUAGGUCUCUGAAUUAAUUCAAUGUAAACUGUUUUGUACUUUGAGCAUCCACAUGAGGGCACAAGUGCUUAAGUUGUGAAGAAGCAUCGCCAUCACUGCCGUCGACCAGUGUGGUCCACUCUUACUCCCUCAAACUGAUCCUACUUGCAAAAGCACUGGGCAUUUUAUGGUGUUACAGUAAGUAAGUCUAAUAUUUGCAUAUUAAUCAGCCUUGCCUUCACAAACUAAAUCAGUUUUAUUUAUGUAUUUAAAUCUGCAUCUCCAUAGCAGUAUCCACCCUUGCUGUUCCUGUCUGUGCUCCUCUCCCCUGCAUUCUGUCAUUUCAUUUAGUUUUGUCUUCACAAAGCUAGCCACAGUAGGAGCUGCAGGCUUCCUACAGAGCACGGCUUUCUCUACGGGUUCCUUUGUGCCUUUGUUCAGCAACCCUAAAGGCACCGCGGGCUUGCUGAGAAGAUGUGGGCUCAAUCCAGCUCGGUGGUCUUCCUCUUUUGUAGCACGCCGUAGAAGCUGCAUCCUGCUGGUAGCACGGCUUUCUACUGUAUACGAGGAGCGAGCUGUCCUUGUCGAAAAAGAGAUGUACUAAGACUAAUGUAGUUUGAAAAGUUAAGGAACAAGCAGUUUCUUCUGGAUACUUAAGACAUUCUACAACAAGAAGAAAAGCCCCUCGAAUGGGAGUCGACUUACGCUCAGCCGUUUUCUGUUGUCUGGUGAUUGAUUCGAUGGCAACAUGUGACUAGAGUAUAUGUUCUCUUUUUUCCUUCGUCCUGACACCCAUAAUAUUUCUAUGAAGAAACCAUGGAAAGAAUUGGGGGUUGGGGGGGCACUUUCUUUUCUUCCUUCUAUCUCUUCCUUUUUCAUACACAUAAUGCUGGGGCCUCCUGGAGGGGAGAGCAGGCUUGGCCUGGGAGCACAGCCAGAAACACCUGCAACAGAUUAGUGCUCCUAAUGCUAGGUAAUAAAUCCUCUCACCCUGCUCUAGCAUCUCCUUCCCCACCAUGUGUAGAUCCUGCAGGCCGAGGAGUAUAAUGUCCAAAACAGUUAUUUGAACACAUGCAUUUGGAAAAUACAGCAGGCACCAAAACUUUAGUGCAGCAAUACAUGAUUUGUCUUUCUGUAUCUUUCUAUGAAUGUUCCAAAUGAAAAUAACGCUGCUUGCAUAUUUCUUAUGUAUAGCAGAGAUUUUCCUGGGGGCAUAGUGUGGGCUCUUUGUCAAGAUCAAACAAUUUCAUUAUGACUGCAAGCAGCCAAGGUCAAGACCAAGGCAAAGCUGCCUGGCUGCACAUAAAACUUGAAAGGUGGCAGACUGAUUAAUGUAUCAGACCCUACUUACUGAAGUUUGUAAUAGAGCUUGUGUUCUGCUUAGUUCUGCACAGAAAGUUAUUUAAUUAAAGAUAAAGAAAGACUUGAGGUGUCCUACAGUAGUAAGUCAAACACAAUUUUGGCAAUAUGUUCCUCUUCUGCCUUGCAGCUCUUCAAUAUGUCCUGACCUUUACAUUUCUGCACAGACCGUGUUAAUGCAGACACAUGGCAUGUUUCCGACCAUGCACACUGGCUCAUCCGUGGACAGUCGGACACACCUCAACCAUCUUUUUGUCCUAAUCUUCGAGGUCUAACUAACUAACAUUUAUCAUUUCUUUGAGCUCUGCAGAAAGGAUGGCCUU